UAAUUUUCCCGUCUUGGUUGUCGCUAUGUCUGUUGUAGAUAUACCAGUUAUCCAGUGAUUAUGAUUACCUUCUAGCUGAUUAACUAGACUUUUGAGCAAUUAUAAAAUGCUAUGUUUUAUUUCUUUAUUUUAUCCAGUGACAAUAAGCCACGAGUGUUUAGAGUUUAUGUUUUAAACGCGGUAGCUUACCUCUGGCGCCAUAAGUAAGCGCCGGGGUUAUGCCCGAAGCAUGCCAUCGACGUCGCGGUCGAGGGGCUCCGGGCGCGGGCCGGACGGCGCGCCACGGCCCCAAGUCAUAGCGCCUAUGUCGGAGCGGCAACAGUUAGCGUUGGUGAUGCAGAUCUCUUCUCAAGACGCUCCUCCAGCCGCUCCGACCCCAGCAGAAGAACGAAAACGCACUAGGCAGCAGCGCAAUGAGCGUGGUGAGACGCCCCUUCAUGUGGCAGCUAUCCGAGGUGACCACGAUCAAGUAAAGAAAUUGCUUGAUCAAGGACAAGAUCCCGAUGUUCCUGACUUUGCUGGGUGGACACCACUUCAUGAAGCUUGCAGUUAUGGGUGGUAUCAAGUUGUAGUGGUACUUGUAAAUGGUGGUGCUAAUGUCAAUGCAAAAGGUUUAGAUGAUGAUACUCCUUUACAUGAUGCCACAACUUCUGGCAAUCUCAAAAUGGUCAAAUUCCUCAUUGAACAUGGAGCCGAUCCAUUUGUCAAGAACACCAAAGGAAAAAUGCCAUCAGAUUAUGCUGCACCACACAUCUUUGAAUAUCUGCAGUCUUUAAAAGAUAAUAACGCGAGAGCAACACACGUCAGUCGGGCAAGGGAUGACAGCAUCAAAAAGGGUUGCAAUGCCAGUGGUAACAGCGAUUGCAGUAAGCGGAACAACAUGGAGACCCUAGCCCAGGGGGAACAUUUCGAUGGCAAGGACAUCACCACACAGGAAAAAGGGGGUGCCGCCGAGUCCAGAGACGAUGGAUCUCAGCUAAGUAGCUCUGUGGUAUCAUCGACUCAAGACGACAACAUUAAGAGACCGCACGAAGAUAGUGCAGAUAAUGAAGCGGCCGAAGACGAUGUAUCAAAACGGAAGAAACGUAAGGACAAUGAAGAGAAAGAGCCGAUGGGCAAGCCGGCUCCGGUGGCGCGAGGAGGACCUGGCCGUGUCUUAACUGGCAGUAAGCCACCAGGGCCUGCAAGUAAGACGGGUGCUGUGCCAUUAGGCAAGAGUGGAAGUGGACAGAAUGUCAGCAAAGGUGGUGCUGGCUCUUCUGGGAAGGGUAACUUACAAGCACAGGGGAAAGGAGGCAGUGGAGGAUCAAAGGGCAAUGCACAAGGGUCACAUCAGGGGAAAUCUGGAGGUGGGAAGGGUAGUUCUUUGCAAGUAAGCAAGCAGGAUCGGAAAAGCCCAGUUGCUAGUCCAAAGCCGAACCAGAAUAAAGACAAUGAUGGUGAUGACGAGCCAAAGACCCAUGAGGCGGCACCUAAGGUCCCGCCGCUGAAGAUAGUCAUACCAGGGGGCGCAGGAGGCUCUGGCAGUAGAAACGAACAAGAAGGCGAAGGUGGAACAGGGCCACGAGGUAGCGGUAAAGGUCGCGGUAACGCAUCGACGCUGCCCUACGUGAUACCGUGCACGAGCACGGACACUGGUCAAACAUCUGAUAGCUCAGACGGCACUUCCGAUGACAAGAGAGGCGAAGGUGGAAAGGCUGGACAGAGAGUCCUCCGUUCUCAUAGGACAAAUGACGGGGAUAAAGAUAAGGAGAGGACAUCCCCUCAGACAGGGAAUGACAGCCGCUCCGGGGCGGGACAGGCUCAAGCUAAUUUAAAUUCGAACAAAAGUCCUACACCUUCGGGCUCUGGGCAAGAUCAUGAGCAUGGUUCUUCGAACUCUGGAAGAUCUGAAUCUAACUCUGGUCAUGUUGAGUUGCAUCCCAGGAAAAGAAAGAUUAAAGCUUCAAAAGAUGGUCACUCUCGCGAUCAAUCAAAGAAUGAGCCAACUCAUGAGUCCACUGCUAGCCAUAAUAUUACGCACUCUAACCCCUAUCAGAUGUAUAUCCACAUAAGGAAACAGAUCGAUCGGCGACAAAGAAGUUUAUUUCCAGUGAAACCGAAACCUCCUAAGGAUUUUAACAAAUAUUUAAUGAAUAGAUGUACUUAUACUCUCCAGAGUAAUGUAAACCCUGAUCCACAAGUGGAAAUCCCGCAUAAUUUGCCAACACAGAUGAUAAAUGAAUUUAUGGCGCAAGAAAAGGAGAGAACAAGAUUACGGAUUCAACAUCUUAUUGAAAAGGAAAAGCUGGUGUUGGCUGUUGAACAAGAAAUAUUACGAGUACAUGGGCGCGCCGAGCGGGCGGUGGCAAACCAGUCGCUUCCGUUCUCGGUAUGUACAAUACUCCGAGACAAAGAAGUCUACAAUGUGUUAGCUCCAGAUCAGGAAGAGAAACGAAAUGCGCAACGGUCCCGCUGUAACGGCAGGCAAAUAAACUCAUGGCUUCAAGAAGUCGACGAUAAGUGGGAAAAAAUAAAGGAAGGAAUGCUUCGACGUCAGCACACGGAAGCUCAAACUCUGCACGCUGUGCAAAUAAUGGGGUGGGAGUGGAAAUUAAAAGAGUGUGGAAUUUGCGAUUACAAAACCACGCCUAAGAUUGAUCCGGUACACGUGCCGCAGAUUCACGUCUCAAAUUUUGACUUGCCCGCUUGAAUUUAAGUUCAUAUUGCCUGUGUUCAUGUCACGUCUUCACGUUCAUACUGUAUAGUACGUAAAUACCUCAUCCAGAUUGCUAUAAUGGCCAUUGAAUCUUGUAAUGACUUAUUAUUGAUGAUUAUCAAAUUCUUAAAUUACUUGAGCAUUAUUACCGCCAGGAGGUGGUAAAACUUACAAGCUAAGUUAGCACUAAUCGUGUAAAAAAUAUUCAAUUUCUAAUAAUAAUACAAAUUACAGUGAUAAAUUAUAAUUUAUAACUUGACUAAUACAUGAUGAAAAAAAUCUUAAAAAGAGCGCCAAUAAUCAGCAUAGUGCUCGGCUCGGCGACCGUGGAGAGCACGCUGCGCGUAGCCCACGAUAUUACCUUAUCGAAAGAAAGUACUCUAAAUAGUAUAAAUGGCUAAUUUUACUGAAAGAAGAAUUAAUUUUGUUUUCAAAACAAUACGAACUACUUUCAUAGAUUAUUAAAUAAUUGCUUGAACCAGGAAUCAAACCUAUGUGAUAUUGUCAUACCUGUGGGUCAGCAUCGACAUGUGUAUGAUAAAGGUCGAGAAUAUUUCGUUACUCUCGCAUGCUAUACGAGUGUAACGAUAUAUUCUAUAUUUGAUUCCUGGUUUUAUUGCUCAAUUGAUAUCUUAGAAUGUAGUUCAAAUUGUUUUUGUAAAAUAAAAUAUGAUGAUGACCUUUCUAAGGAACAAAAUAUCUAUUUUAACAUUUGGAAGAUGCUGUUCAAUACCAAGUUGUUCCUGGAUUCAAUGGCCAUUUCAUGGAAUAAAGUAUUUACAUACCAAUCGUAACGUGUUGGCAUAAAUUAGUGUGUACUUAAUUUUUUAAUUAUCUAUGAAAUUAUAACAUCAAUUGGUAAUAAGAAUCAAGCGGAGCUACAAAAUUGGAUUAUAAAUCUCUAAAUUGAUCAACAUUAUGUUGAACCUUCUAUUCUCCCGCGCACCUUCUCGGUGACUUGUUAUUUAUUCUCUUCUACAAAAUAUCAACACCUUUUCUAUAAAAAAUAACCUGUUAUCGGGAGGUGACAAAAUCUAAAAUUUAUUUUUUUAAGGCUAUUCAAGGACAUAGAAUAUUAUGAAUUUAUUUUUGAAUUGUCCUUGCCUACUAUUUGACGGUGUUCUUACACACUCGGUUGAUACAUUGCAUGCAGGUUGUGAAAUUGUAUCCGCUCUGUGUGUAUAACACCUGUGAUGUGAGAGAAAGAGUGUGUGUAUAUUUACAAGUUAUUUUGUAUUAUAUUAUUUAACGACUUUGAUUUAGUAUUUUAUUAUAUCUAGAAAUUAACAUUCAUUUUUACCCGACUGCCAAGGAAGGGUUAUGUUUUUUUUUAAAUUACUGUUGUUUUUCAUGACGGAUUAUUUGUAAGGUUGUAGAUUUUAGUUUAAAUGAAUGUAUUUGUUUGAAAAGUUAAGGUUGCAUAUAUUAUGUAUAAAUUUUAUUAGGAAUAGAUACUUGAAUAGAAACUUGUAAAACAUUAAUAAUUAGACUUGUUUUAUAUUUAAGUUAAAUGAAAUUGACCUUAAGUUAAAUAAUAUGAAUAUUGAUUUUCUUCCUAUUGACAUUGAUUUUUUUUUCAUAUUAUCAAAAUCAUAUUAGCAUUUUAUUAUUACCAUAGUCACUAAAAUUGUUCAGUAUGACUGUAUUUGUGGUAUUUACAUGUGAAUCAGCUUGAAGUGCAAAAGGAAUAUGUUAUUAGUCUUUACGCACUAGCAGUUGACCGCCUAGGCGGUGCGUAUCACUUGAAUAUGCGAUGGUAUAUUAAAUUGGAAAAUUGUCAACCGCGGGGGUUGGCUAGCCACGCUGUCUACCGCUAGUGUGUUAGAGGAUUUAUGAGUCAAAUUACAGUGCAGUAGUACAAGUUCGCAUUAUAGUGUUCUUUGUAUAUGUACUAGUUAUUGUCAAAAACGUAUUCUUCUAAUAGUUCACCCUUUCGACAUAAAUAUCCGGCUACACUUUGACAAUGGCUAGAUUUAAAAUAUUAUGUAAUUAUUAUUUUAGUAUUUCUCAUUUCAAUUACGUUCAUUAAACUGACAAGUUCAAUUAGAUCUCAAUCAAUGAAA